AUGAACGUCAGCACCGCGACGCAGAUGUUUACCAGGCCAAAAUCACAGCCAACACAGGCGGCUUGGGGGCGCGAGCAGAGAGGGUUGGCUGAGGGUGCUCGGGGGAGGUGCACGAUGACGGGGAGCAAUGUAAUGGGCAAGGCCAGCGUGGUACACAGUGGUCGCUGCGUUCGGUCCCAUGGCGCCGCGGGCUCCCGUCGAGAUUCGCACAGCUUGGCCAGCCCGCUCCCUUGCCUGUUGAGGCUGACAUGGAAGCGCCAUCAGUCUGCUUCUGGUCGAUUAGAAUGGCGCGGCGGCAGGUUUGGGUUGGGAUGGAUACAAGCGACGGCGAUGCUGUGGGCUGGCUUCCCCACAUGGGCUUGCCUCUCGCCAGGGCCUGAUUACUCAGCCAUCACCAAGCACCCCAAGUCCAAGUCAAGUCCAGCUGCAAACCUCUCCCACUCCCCAAGCACACGCCUGCCACUCGCCUCCCGCCCCCUGUCUAGGCGCAUGCACCAGACGAUCAUUGGCAAUCGCUUUUAG